UGGCAUCUGCGCCUGCGUCAGCGCUUCCGUUUUCACGUAAACGUAAUUCGCGCGUGGCAGAACGUCUAUGGAGUUUGCAAUGGGUAACGGAACGCAUCAGGCAAAAAUAGAGUUGAUUGCUCGGAAUAUAAGAAAUUUUCCAGACUUUCCCGUGAAAGGAAUACAAUUCAAAGAUGUGUGUCCAGUACUGAAAGAGCCCUCUGCGCUCUCAGCUGUGGUUGAUCUGUUUGAAGAACACACACGACAAACUUUUCCUCAAGUCGAUAUCAUCGCAGGCAUAGAAGCCAGAGGAUUUUUUUUCGGACCUCUCUUGGCACAAAGGUUGGGUGUAGGUUUUGUGCCGAUCCGUAAGAAGGGGAAACUCCCUGGUCCUACAGCGUCUUUGUCUUAUACCAUUGAAUACGGAGAGGAUGUCGUGGAGAUCCAGGAAGAUGCAGUGACCGCAGGACAGAAGGUUAUACUCAUUGAUGACCUGCUGGCAACUGGGGGGACUAUGCAGGCUUCCUGCAAGCUGCUGGAGAAGUAUGAGGCAGAGGUGCUGGGCUGCUUUGUGAUAAUCAAGUUGAAGGAUCUGAAGGGGGAGGAAAAGCUUCACAACUACAAAGUAUUCUCCCUGCUGCAGUAUUGAGGUCCCACCCCCACAGUCAUCCUUCCUCUAUCCCUUAGCCAGUCACCUGACCUGGCGGAAAAUUCAACUUGACAUUCCACAAUGUUAUUAUUUUCAAAUGUUGCGAUUCUUCUGGAAAUAUUUUGUUGCAAGGUGUGUGACAAUACAAUAAAUCAAGCGAGCCUCAUGCAAGAACCACUCCUAGAAACAGAUUUCCUCUUCAGUUGCUCGUAUGAGUGAUUUAGUAGAACUUUCACCGAUAAUUUGGUAUUUUGAAUGUUCCCUACUCUGUGGCGAUCCAGCCACUGGAAAACACUGGUCCAUUCAGACUAGGGUGGUGCUGAGGCAUCACCUGCCACAUGGCUGCGCUCACAGUCUCCUCCCUGAGGUGGUUUGUCAUGGGGUGGGUGUGGCAAGGCAGGCUCCUCACCUCCUCUUGGGUAUGAACACAAUUUACAAGCGGUCCAGACCUGUCAUAGUCUCAUGUUAUCCAAGUCUAAGUUUCUCAGUAAUAACUUUAAAUUUCAUUACGCAAAAGUGAUUUUGACUUUUUACAUGCUUAUGUAGUUUGGGCUACGGCAGAGGCAUGGUGUUUGCUGGAAAUGUGAGCUGAUGACGGUAUCCAGGAUGCAACAUAAAGUCGAAUAAGCGAUCUCCUUAUAUGUCUAACAUAAUUAAGGCGUUGCAUUCUCUAAUUCUGAGGGCCAUGCGUCUAAAUGACUCCAAAGAAACAAAAAGACAAUAGUAUUAACACUGAUAUUAAUCCACCGCGCUGUGCGACAAAGUGUUGCACGAUCAUGACUAAAGCAGGUUCAGGCCCUGAAUGUUUGGAAGGGUGCGAGUGCAGACCAGGAGGGGGGGGGACAAUCGUAAGGACACAGUAGAAGACAACCAUGCCAAGUAUUGGUUCUUUGAAGUUGGGAGCAUUUGCAUGCACACAAGUCCAUCUGAAUUUAAGAUCAGAAUAUGAAAAUGUUCUUGCAUGAGGCCCAAUGUUCGCCAUACUCUUUAUUAUGAAGCGUAAAAUGAGAGGUUAUGCAAUGAGAAUAUGCAAAUGGAAAUAAAUGAAACCGUAAUGGUGAAAUGUAA